UGAAGGGAGCAGGAUUCAGGAAAUGCAAAGAAAUUAAAUGAUGAUAUAUUACAGCUGAAGAAUGGUGGAUAAUCUAGUGAACUCUGAGGCGAAUGCGCGGAGGAUAGGACUUGUGGAGGGAUGCUUUGGAUCUGCUGGUCAACCUUUAGCUGUCCCAGGACGGGUCCUGGUCGGAGAAGGAGUCCUAACUAAAGCUUGCAGAAAGAAACCUAAGCCUCGUCAGUUCUUCUUGUUCAAUGAUCUCCUGGUGUACGGGAACAUUAUCAUUAACAAGAAGAAAUAUAACAAGCAACACAUCAUACCUUUAGAAGAGGUUAAAUUAAAAUCUGUGGAAGAUGAGGUCCAUUUUAAAAAUGGCUGGUUGAUCUGUACACGUGGAAAAUCCUUUGCAGUUUACGCGGCAACUGCGUCGGAGAAACAGGAGUGGAUGGCGCAUAUUAAUAAAUGUAUAAACGACCUGCUGAAGAAGUCUGGUAAGAAAGCGUCUGCUGAGCAUGCUGCAGUCUGGAUACCAGACUCGGAGGCAAACACCUGUAUGCACUGUAAACGGGUUCAGUUCACACUAGUUAACAGAAGGCAUCAUUGCAGAAAAUGUGGAUUGGUUGUCUGUAACGGUUGUUCCUCUCGUCGUAUUCUUCUCCCAGCCCAAUCCUCUAAACCUCUCCGGGUCUGCAGUUCAUGCUUUGACGAGUUUUCAAAAACCGCCAGCAGUGCAGACUUAACAUCAAAAGAAUCCAAGGGAACAGAUUCUUCUGGAGAAGAGGAUUCAGAUGAUGAAGAAUCAAACGGAGCCAUUCAGGGUGAGGAAUCUCCAGACCUAGAAUGGGCUGGGAGCCCUGGUAUCUCCAGACCACCUAGAUCUUCUAAUAGAUUUACAUUAUGUAAGCCCUGAACCCAGAAUGGGACU